AUGAGAAAAGGAAUGCAGCGCGAUUAUACCAAGUUUUGUGAGUUCCACAACAAUAAAGGCCAUACAACUGAUGAAUAUUUCGAGCUCAAAAAUACUAUCGAAACAUUCAUAAGAGCUGGGAAACUCCAGGAAUUCGUUUCUAGCUGCAGGGAAUACAAGACGCAAAGAAGACGCGAUAGAAGCCCAGAUCGCGAUCCAAACCCUAAUGAACAAAGGGCAUAUCCCAUAAGGGACUACAACCCUGCACGGAACAAUGAUCGCAGAAAUGCGAGAGAGGCCUCUACUGACAGACGCCGAGGGACUCCUUCGCGAAACAGACAGCGUAUCGCGCAACAGCAACCACUUCAGUUACCUAAUAACGCGACAGGAGUCUUAGCCACUAUCGCCAGAGGGAUGGAAAGAUAUGUAGGUUCUUUUUUUACAAAGUCAAGUAGUGGUAGUACUAAACGUGCUCGAUCCGAAUCUGCAUCUGUUGAUUUAUUUCAAGAUAAACAAAAUGAGCGUGCUACUCCCUCAAGCCAGAACAAACCAACAGUAGAAGGUCCACCGGAUUUGUAUGUUCCUGAUCCGGGUAAAAGACUUCCUAUUAUGAGAUUUGCGAAGAGUGCUCAAGAAAGGGAAAUGAUUCGAAGAAUUUAUCUAACGAAUGGUCCUUGUCAACCAAAACUUGACAACUUUCCUCAAUCCUUAAUUGGGGGUAAAAUGCGUAGAUUUAAUCCUCAAUGGUACAAUGAGUUUGGCACUUGGUUGGAGUAUAGUGAAUCAAAAGAUGCUGUAUUUUGCUUGCAUUGUUAUCUAUUUAAAUGUGAGCAUGGUGAUGGAAGGGGUGGUCAUGAUUCAUUUGCAGGAGAAGGAUUUAGCAAUUGGAAGGAUAAACAACGGCUUUUUAAACAUAUUGGGAAAGUUAGAAGCAUUCAUAAGUUGUGCUUCAGUGCUGCCAAAGAUUUGAUGAAUCAAAAUCAACAUAUUGACAUUGUUGUGUCUGGCAUUUCUGAUAAAGCCAAACAGGAUUGUCGUAUUCGUCUGAAUGGUUCUAUUCGAUGUAUUCGAUAUCUCAUACGACAAGGUUUGGCUUUCCGGGGACAUAAUGAGACAAAUGCUUCAAUGAAUCAAGGAAAUUUUGUGGAGCUUGUAAAAUUCCUUUGCGAAAGCAAUGAGGAGGUAAAUAAUGUAUCUUUGAAUAAUGCCCCAGAUAAUCUCAAAAUGAUAGCUCCCUCAAUUCAGAAAGAUAUUACUAGUGUUGCUGCUAGUUUAGUUACCAGAGCUAUUAUUUCAGAUAAUGGGGAUAAUUUCUUCUCUAUACUAGUUGAUGAAGCUCGUGAUAUAUCAAUUAAAGAACAGAUGGCCUUUGUUUUAAGAUAUGUGAACUGCAACGGUGACAUUAUUGCACGUUUUCUUGGUCUUCUUCAUGUUUCAGAUACUACAGCUAGUUCACUUAAAGAAACGAUUGAGAUGAUUUUUGCCAAAAAUGGCUUGAGCUUGACAAAGAUUCGUGGUCAAGGUUAUGAUGGGGCAAGCAAUAUGAGUGGUCAAUUCAGUGGUCUGAAAAGCUUGAUUUUAGUUGAAAAUAAUUCUGCUUACUAUGUUCACUGCUUUGCACAUCAACUUCAGUUAGCUUUAGUAGCUUGUGCUAAAAAGGUUUACACUUUGACUGAUUUCUUUAAUUUUAUAUCGUUGUUGUGUAAUGCAGUUGGUGCUUCUUGCAAAAGAGCAGAUAUUUUGAGAGAAAAGCAAUUUGAUGAGCUAGUAAAAAGUAUUGCAAGCGAUGAUGUUCAAUCAGGGAGAGGCUUGAAUCAAGAAAUGAGUUUGUCACGACCAGGGGACACACGUUGGAGCUCACAUUACCGAUCAUUGAUCAAGGUCUUGGCAAUAACGAAUGAUUUGUCACAAGCACUUCAAAGAAAAGAUCAAGAUAUUGUAAAUGCUAUGACUCUUGUAAAAGUUUCAAAGGUGUUAUUACAGAAGAUGAGGGAUAAUGGCUGGUAUAAUCUAUUUAAGAAGACUUCUGAUUUUUGUAUAAAACAUAAUAUAGAUAUCCCUGAUAUGGAAAGUGUACUUGCAUUACAAGGGAGAACAAAACGUAGAGGACCAGUUACUCAUCUGCAUCACUUUAAGGUUGACAUAUUUUAUGCAGUGAUAGAUACUCAACUUCAAGAGUUGAAUGAUCGUUUUAGGGAAGUUAGUUCAAAUUUGCUGGAAUGCAUGGCAUGUGUAAAUCCGUGCAACUCUUUCUCGGCAUUUGACAAAAAUAAGUUGUGUGAAUUUGCUGGCUGUUAUCCUUCGAAUUUUGAUUUGAAUGAUUUUGUCAUGCUUGAAUAUCAGCUCGACACGUAUAUUUUUGAUAUGCAAAGUGAUCCUGAUUUUUUGAAUUUGCAAGGAAUAGUUGAUCUUGCCAAGAGGAUGGUUGAAAAGAAAAAACAUAUUGUGUAUCCUUUGGUUUAUUUACUUGUAAAGUUAGCAUUAACUUUGCCCGUAGCAACUGCAUCUGUGGAAAUAGCAUUUUCAGCUAUGAAAUACAUCAAGACUGCACUUCGUAAUCAGAUUGGAGAUGAAUGGUUGAAUGAUUGUUUAGUACCAUAUAUUGAAAAAGAUGUAUUUGAUAGCAUUGGUAAUGAGGUUGGAUAUGGCAAUGACCUUCAGUGCCAAGCAAUUUGCUAUGGAGUACCUUUAGAGAUGCUGUGA